AUGACUAUUUCAUACAAUAAUCCCAUGAUGUCAUAGGUAGUAUCUAUAUUACCAUCUUUUACACAACAUUCAUUUAAACGUUAUUUGGAUUAAAUGGAUGGGGAACUGAAUGAUGAUAUUGACAUAUUUGAGAAUUUAAUUGAAUCAGGGAGAAGGGUAAAUUUCAAAUGA